UUUCUGAGAAGUAGUCUACAGACCUGAGUUGUGUUUUAUUUUGGUUGUUGUUGUUCUGAUAUAUAUUUGAUCUGGUCGAGACAACAGCCCCAAGGGAGGGUGUUCGUGAUAGUUGCUGCUGUGUGUGUCGACAGAGUGACGUAGAACAACUUGAUUGGACAGUUGCAUUGCGGGAGUGUCUGCGUUGAAGAUCGUUGAGUAGCCACAUAUUAUCAGAACAGCAAGGAACGUUCUGUGGGAAUGUUCUUCGUGGAUGGUGCAUUACCCCGAGUGUGUUUCUUGUGGAUAGUGCAUCAGUCAGAGGGUUCAUGGUACGUUGUGAUGUACGUUAGCCCCUGUCUGUUGAGUCUUUGUGUUCCAAUAUCAUUGUGUUCUGCUUUUGUGCGUUGGUCGAGCGACACGGGUGGUGGCUGCGGUGCUGCGGUGCUGUGGUGCUCCCCACCCUUGCUCACUUCACCUUUUGACCUGUUCUCCUUGUCCAAGGUCUCAACAAUAAAACAUAUUUUCCCCAGAAGCCACGAGUUUACCAACAUACACUGCGUCGUGUGGUCACACAGGGGCUCUGGUGAUCAUGUUCUCGGGCCAAUGGACAAGAAAACAGACCUCCGACCGCGAGCAUUACACGUUGGAGUUCGUGAGGGACACGUUUACCGGUCGGAGCUCGACGGGCCCUGGAGGGACAGGUUUGGAUCACCUUUGGACGUGGCCAUCGAGCAUAGUGUCAGAACCCAGCGUAGAUUCCGUCGGACUGCCGAGGCGAUCGAAGAGAAAGAGGAACCGGACACCACUGAGUGCGGAAGCAAGGCCUUUUCGUGUGUCGCUGAUAUUGUGAGCGAUCUCGUGGCCAUCAACCAAUCAGAGGUGGAGAACGGCCACCAACAGGCAGCACGGAAAAAGCGGAAGCGUGGAAAAACAACAUCAGAGUUCAACAUGUGGCACGCGCCGCCGGGAACGGCUCUCGACGAGCUGAUGCUCCACUUGCACCUCGACUCCCUGUCGGUGCCGGCACACGGUAGAACCAUCCGAACGUGGUGCAGCGCGAGCAUGGGCGGACUCGAUCCUGGUGAGUUCGAGCCCGACCAAGCGACAAGAUUGAUCGAGCUGCACAAUGAGCUGGGUCUGAGGUUUCACCACGGCGUAUUAGACUUGAGAGUGUCGAGCCAGUAUAGCCAGUCCCUCCUCGCCCUUCUCGAGGUAUGCUGGCGGGGACCAAUCGUCGGCGCCGAGGAAGUGUCGGGGUUAGGAUUGAUCGAGCUGCACAAUGAGCUGGGUCUGAGGUUUCACCACGGCGUAUUAGACUUGAGAGUGUCGAGCCAGUAUAGCCAGUCCCUCCUCGCCCUUCUCGAGGUAUGCUGGCGGGGACCAAUCGCCGGUGCCGAGGAAGUGUCGGGGACUUUUUACGGGCCGGAAGAUUGGCAGUGUGACAUCAAUGGGGCACACACUGCGGUCCUUAUGAGCAUGGAGGUAGUACCCGUUUUCGGCCACGUGGAUGAGGUGGAGGAGUACGAUGACCACGACAUUGAGGAUUGGACCCUGUACAGUAUAGAACUGGAUGCACUCGGCAAACCCGACGCAUUCUUUGACGCGGAUGUGACACGAGUCUUCGGCCGAAACUACAAGCUCAGCAUGUGUCACAUACCCACCCUGGCGAAAGACCUGCUCGCGCAUGAGUUGGGUGAUCCCCUACAGGAUGCAGACUGUGCCCGCAAAUUCGAAAAAGGAAUAUUCGUGCGGGCCAGUGGCAUGUUGCAGCAGAGAUACGCAGACAGGAUAGACACUGUCAUGGUUACGGGCUGUGACGAGGCUUUCGCUGUGGGCGGCAUAAUUGUGCCUGUCCUAGGANCUCGCCAUAGAGGUACCCACUUCGUGCGGCCGUCGAGGAUAGUCAGCAUGUGUCACAUACCCACCCUGGCGAAAGACCUGCUCGCGCAUGAGUUGGGUGAUCCCCUACAGGAUGCAGACUGUGCCCGCAAAUUCGAAAAAGGGAUAUUCGUGCGGGCCAGUGGCAUGUUGCAGCAGAGAUACGCAGACAGGAUAGACACUGUCAUGGUUACGGGCUGUGACGAGGCUUUCGCUGUGGGCGGCAUAAUUGUGCCUGUCCUAGGAGAGGUCGAUCGCGUGAAGGCUGAACUUCGGACGGGACAGGAGAAGCUUGGGAUCGAGUCACUUCGCACCGGUGAUGCAUACCUUUGUUUGGAUGCGGAACGAACAUGGUACAGAGAUGGUUUCUGGGCGUUGGGUGCGCUCAUUCUUGACGAAACUCGAUUGCGAGUGUUGGAGGCGAGGAACGCUCUCGAAUCUUGCGGCGCGUCUGGCUUUAGCUACCAGUGUGACGCGGUAUUCUUCAGGGGAUCUUCGUCGGUGCAAGAGAAGAUGAGACUUCGCUUCAGGGAUUUGUUUAAAGGCGACGAAACAAAAACUCCCGGCACUCUAAAACGCCAAGCGCAACCUGUGGCCGGAGAUAUGCGGGGCCGAGUCGCCAUCAAAACUAGAAAGUUAAUCCGCGCCCACAUGCUCCAACAAGGUUCAAGGCUUGUGUGUGCGGUGACGGGAGAACACGGGGGGGCGGGGAAGAGUUACUGCGCUACCCGUGCUGCAACGGCCAUCUUCAAAACUGGGCUCGUCUUAACCCCCACCAAUAGUCUGAGAACGUUCUUCAUAGACAUGCCAUGCGGGUGGAGUGUAAAGACCGCCGAUCACCAGCUCGGUUUCUACCUGGGGGAUGGUUCUCACGGGAGGAAAACGACGAGGUCGAUACGAACGCUCAAGGUUGACGAAAUCAUCAUCGAAGAAGCUGCUUAUACGCCUCUCCGGAACUUAAGCAUGAUUCUGGCUGCUGCUCAUAGCAGCGGCACCCACGUGAUAGGGACAUACGACACGCACCAACUCCAACCCGUGUGCGAUAGCAGCGGCAUGUCAAUUAGCAAGGACAACGUCGACAGGAGCGUCAUCCUCGAAAAAUCCUUCCCCAUAUGCUUUCACGUCUUCGCGCGCAAGCGGGAUAAAAUUGUCGAAGAACAGGUGGAGAUGGAUGACGGCCUCUUGUACAUUCUGGCUGCAGGAGACGACAGUCACGAGGCGCAAACUCAAGCCAUUGAGAGGUUUGGUGGUGAAUUCCCAACGGCUAGCGACCCCAGCCCUUCAAUUUUUCACCUCGCUUACACUACAGACUGUGCUCGAUUCCACGCCUUUCGAGGGUUGCUGGGGUGCGACGAAGCCGGUGGCUGGGAUGGGCUGGGGCGUCAAACAGUUGUAGGUGCUCAAUACCGGGACCUCGGGAACCUGGGCAGGGUCCACAAGAAUCACACCUACAACAUCAUCCGAUCCUCAGCAGAUGAGGUCGUUGUCGCAAGCGCUUUUGACGGGGCCGUCAGUCUGGAGGAGACGUCACUCUGUCGAGUAGAGACAGGAAACUUGUUUGACCCCCCGGGGUCAUGUACAGUACACGCGGUCCAGGGUCGAAAGGUCGAGGGAACGUUGAUCAUCCACCAAGCCCGGCAUCCUCACGCCGAGGUGCACUGGCUGUAUACGGCGGUCAGUCGAGCGACAGGACCCUCAAACGUCAGGGUCAUAGACGACAUUCAUCGCAGCGAGAGCGACAUGCCCGGUCGGGUGAGGACAUCGUGGGUUUCUAGGAAGGUCUCGAGCUACGUCUAUGCCGACGUUACGGCCGGGCGUCUUGGACCAGAAGAGGGUGGAAGGCACAGAGAAGCCCUUGUUCAAGAACUCCUGAACUCUUACGGAGGUAGAUGCAACCUAUGCACCUGUGAGAUUAUCUGGGCCAUUUUCAGUGAACGGCACCCAAUGCUCGAUCGCCUCGACUGCUCGCUGCCCAACACGGCGGAAAAUGUGGACGUGAAGUGCCUAAGGUGCAAUCGCGCUCGUGGUAGCCUGAGCAGAGGGCGCACAAAAAAGAAGAAAGUAGAUGGUAGUGGGAAGGAUGAGAGGUAGCCCUAUUGUAAGGAAAUAUGGAGGAUAUUAUGUGUGUCGUUGUUAUAGUGUUCAAAAUGGACAAAAAGAUCUCAAUGUGCGCCAAAUAGUUGGAGGAACACGAGAAUCCUUGGAGGAACACGAGAGUUCUAGAGGUUCUGAGGAAGCUACACCCUGGCUCUUCAAACAAGAACUUCGCAAGGGUUUGGGAAGUGUGGAUACAAAAUUCGGCGCCGGGCACAACGCAGGUCCCGUCAACAUAGAAAUCCGGCAAUUGCUCGUCCUUAUCAAGAAGAAGACAUCCACGGCAAAGAAGGCGAAGAUGCGGAAGGGAUACCUGAAACAGCUACAGACGGCCUGGGAUCGCGUUGUGUCAUUCGGGAAAUUAGACCUUCCCUGAAAGUAGUCGGCCCGGCGCGCGAUACACUCGCGGAAGGUGGAUUUCACAGGACUCGCCGAUAAUGACGACCUCUUUAGGAAGGUGCGCUUGCUACUGCCCUACGUCUCCCGGUUAGAGCUCACGCCGGAGGAGAAAAGCAUGCCGAGAAUAGAACGCCAGGAGUAUUGGUGAUGUAGCGGCAGUGUGUAUCGGUUGAACUGCUGCUGUAGAUCAUCUGAUUGGAUGUUUUGAAUAUCAGAACUGUCUGUCUGUGUAGUUCCAGAGAAAGUUCCUUGUGGAAGUUAUACUGUUCGGAGUUGGAUCAGCAGAUAGUCAGUAGGGUGCACGUUAGGUGCACGUUAGGUGCACGUUGUGUGGACGUUGCAUGGAUGUGGCACGUGGGAUGAUUACCCUCAACAGGAAUUGUUCUAGUUCGGUUGUAGGGAUCGGAACAUUACGUUGUUGGAACGUUGCGAGUAGUAUAUUGUUCCGAUAGUGUUUGUGUUGGCGUGUUGAUCGUUGGCUGGGGUGCUGGGAGCACACGAGCUAGCCCCCACACGCUGUCACUCCACUUUGCCUACCUGUCUCAGAGGGCAGUUUCUCAAUAAUACAACAUCUUUCUCCAAGAGCCAAGGGUUUACCAACACGCUAUAGCGUUGGUGUCUACUGCUCCGUCGUCCCCUAGGACUGCACUAGACUGCUGUACGAGAAAGGCCUGAUCAACCUGUCUCAUCAUGGCUGAACCGGGGACACCUGCGGGUGGCCAAAGUCAGGGUAAUCCGCAGGAUGUUGGUCCGUGAUGGAGGAUGAGGAGGCAGGAG